AAAUAAAUAAAUAAUUGUUUGUGUAUUCACUCCUUUAUUUCGCUCUCUUUUUUCUCCUAUAGAAACCAUGGACAAAGAUGCAUUGAUUAAUAUUAUAAAUUCGUUAUUGAAAAAGCAACCCGAAGUGCGACAAGAAAUAAUGAACUAUAUUCCUGCACCAACAAUUUUAUCAUCCAUGAAUGUAUUGAUUGAUUUAGAAAAGAAGUUCAUGAACAGUUUUCCUUUUAAUAAGAAUGGCCCUGGUAGGGAUGAUUAUACUUUUUCUAGAGUACGAGAGUAUCUCGCUGAUCUUAUCGACACUAUUCUUCAAUAUGCAAAUCAUUUCACCUCUUCUCAAGUCUUUCCCUCGACUUGUUUUUCUUUUCUGGACCAUGCCACACACAUUGCACACAGAAUACCUAAUUGGGACAACGAUGAAAACAACGCCUUGAAGAGAAGCUUAUAUCAAGACUUAAAUGAUUUUUGGAAGCUUGCUAUCCAGACCACAUCAUCUAAUUUACGUCAAGGUGAAUGCUACAGCCCUGAAUCCGUUAGUGAAUGGGCUAAAAGUCUUGCUCAACACAAUAGCUUCACCAAUGGCUAUUAUUUUACAGAGUCCGUACAUGAAUUUACCAGACAAUUAGGUUACAUGAUUGGCUUGCCAGACACAACCGAAGAAAACAGCAUUAUGAGCAUUGCGUCUUCAACAACUACAACUCAUAUCGCCCCUUUAAAAACAACUAUCACUACCUCCAUUGUCGGUGACAGAAGAUAAAACCUCACGAAUUUAUAAAAAGCUACCUCAUUUUCUCAUCCAUAUUCCCCCCACUUCUUUCAUCCAAUACACACCCCUUAUUCAAUAAAAAUAAACUUUCUUGUAAUCUGACAAGGACAAACCUCUCCUUCUUUUUAUUUUUUUAGUC